UCCCGCAGACGCGAGGGCACAGCAAGUUCACCACUGGCGCAGACUGCACUGCGCACUCGAGCGCUCUUUCGAAUAAAUUUGGGAAACUAAACAGUGAAUGAUAACAACAGACUGUCUUCAGUUUGGGGCGGUAUAACUUUCAGCAACAUUUUUCUUCUCAGCGCUGGGGUUACUCAACGCCUAUUUGUUAAUUUGUGACCCGCUUCACAUAGUCUGAAUAAGCCUGCCGAAGGGAAUCCUCAUGACAUUUACAGAAAGUAUGUCAGCGGAGGCACCUAUAUAUUGACGACUCACUCCAGACUAUCCGGAUAAAUCAUACAUCUCCCGACGAAUACAGUAGUGCUGAAGAGAGGUACCAUUCUUCAGCCGCCGCUCAGUCUCACCAUGAGUCCUGCAAGAGAUCCGCAGCAGCAGCGGGACGCCCAGCGCGCCCUGCCCAGCUCCAGCAGCCUCGGCCGGGCAGCAGAGGACCUGCUGAGGACCUCCGCCUGGAGCUCAGGCUCCAGCGCCGCCCGGGGGGAGAGGAGGCUGCCCUCGGCCCAGCUCUGUGUGGGGCUCCUGGGGAUGCUGUUACUGAUCCCCCUCCCUGCUGCAGAGGCGGUGAAACAGAGCCUGGCCAGGGUCACGUUGAGCCACAAAGAGCUGCUGCACUCGGGCAGUGUGGUGCUGUUCCAGGGCCUGGGGGAGUCACUGCACUCACACACACUCCUGCUGGACGAGGAGAGGGGCAGGCUGCUGCUGGGCGCCCGAGACCACAUCUACUAUCUGAACCCAGAUAACCUCAAUGCACGCCCACGAAAGAUCAGCUGGCCGGCCCCGCGGGAGAGAGUGGAGAUGUGUAAACUGGCAGGCAAGAAUGCCCAAACGGAGUGCGGUAAUUUCGUCCGGGUUCUGCACAACUACAACCGCACACAUGUGUACGCGUGUGGCACGGGAGCGUUCCACCCCACCUGCGCCUUCGUGGAGGUCGGAGGUCGGAGAGAGGAGGGUGCAUUCCAUCUCAUCAGCAGCAGCGUGGAGUCUGGGAGACUGAAGUGCCCUUUUGACCCCUGGCAACCGUUUGCGUCGGCGCUGACAGACCAGUACCUGUACGCUGGGACGGCCUCAGACUUCCUGGGGAAAGACUCCACGUUCACACGCUCGCUGGGACCGCCUCCUGACCAGCACUUCAUCCGCACCGACAUCUCCGAGGAUUACUGGAUCAACGAGGGCAAGUUUAUAGCGGCGCUUCCCAUAUCGGACACGUUCAACCCCGACGACGACAAGAUUUACUUCUUCUUCCGCGAGGCGAGUCGUGACGGAAGCGUGUCGGAGAAGCGUGUCCUGUCCCGGGUGGCUCGUGUCUGCAAGAAUGAUGUUGGUGGCUUGAGGAGCUUGACCAACAAGUGGACGACAUUUCUUAAGGCCCGGCUAGUGUGCUCCAUCCCUGGACCAGAUGGAGUGGACACUCACUUUGAUGAGCUGCAGGACAUCUUCCUGGUGCCCACCAGAGAUGAGAGGAACCCUGUGGUCUAUGGAGUCUUCACCACCAGCAGCUCCAUAUUUAAGGGCUCAGCAGUGUGUGUGUACAGCAUGUCGGACAUUCGAGCAGUGUUUAACGGGCCCUAUGCACACAAGGAAGGACCUGAACACCGCUGGAUCGAAUACGAGGGACGGAUUCCCUACCCACGGCCAGGAACCUGCCCCAGCCGCACCUAUGACCCGCGCAUUAAGAGCACCAAGGACUUCCCCGACGAGGUCAUCAGCUUCAUCCGCUUCCACCCCCUCAUGUACCGCUCCGUCUACCCAAUCACACGCCGGCCCGUCUUCACGCGCGUCCACACCGACUACCGCCUCACGCAGAUCGCAGUGGACCGUGUCAACGCGGAGGACGGCCAGUACGCAGUCAUGUUCCUGGGCACAGAUGUUGGAUCUGUCCUGAAAGUGGUUAGCAUAACGCAGGAGAACUGGGCCACUGAGGAAAUUAUCCUGGAAGAACUUCAGGUGUUCAAGACCUCCUCACCAAUUCUGAAUAUGGAGAUAUCUUCUAAACAGCAACAGCUGUACGUGGGCUCUGCGGAGGGGCUGGCGCAGGUGGCGCUGCACAGGUGUGAUAUUUACGGGCAGGGCUGCGCCGACUGCUGCCUCGCUAGAGACCCCUACUGCGCCUGGGACGGCAACCAGUGCUCACGCUACAUCCCUGCGUCCAAGAGGAGAGCCAGGAGACAAGACAUAAAACAUGGCGACCCAUCCAGCCAAUGCUGGGACACGGAGGAGGGUAAGGAUGUGGAGGAGAAGCUGAUGUUUGGCGUGGAAACGAACUCCACCUUCCUGGAGUGCGUGUCCAGAUCGCAGCAGGCCCAGAUUCGCUGGCUCUACCAGAAACCCGGCUCUGAGCUGAGGGAGGAGGUAAAGGCUGACGAGCGUGUGCUGGUGACGGAGCGGGGGCUGCUGAUUCGCUGGCUGCAGCGUGGCGACGCGGGCUCCUACCUGUGCACGUCCCAGGAGCUUCGCUUCACGCGCACGCUGCUGCGCUUCUCCGUGCGCGUGGUCCAGCAGGGCCAGCUGGACGCACACCCCUCGGCCCAGCGCGGGGGGCCCCCCGAGGACCCCACCGCCUCCGUGGCCAUGGCGGCCGAGGCGCGCCAGCGCUACAAGGACUUCCUGCGCGUGCUGAGCGGCCCGGCGCGCUCGGUGGACGAGUACUGCGAGGCGCUGUGGUUCCGCGAGAAGCGCACGCGUCUCAGGGGCAAGUGGAAGCACAUGCAGGAGGUCCGCAAGAGCCGCAACCGCCGGCACCACCACUGAGCCCGCCGGGCUCCAACUGUGGGCUCAAACCGCCGGCACCACCACCUGGGACCAGCCACCUGUGGGCUCAAACCUGCGCCCUAAAGACUAUCUCAAAACGUUUAAACCAAUUUAAGCAAAUAAUGCUUCUACCUUAUGUUACAUGUAUCCCUUAUUGCAUUGUAACUACAUGAAAACAGUGUAACAUUAAUGGUUAAUAUGUAGUUGUGCUUACCUAGCCCUAAUCUUAAUCCUAGCCUUAGCUCUAGUUUAUGUAAGCACAAAACAUCAGAGUUCUGUUACUCCGUUAAUCUGUUUUACAGGCCAUUUCCAAAAGUAGUUACAAUGUAAUGAGGGAGAAUUAUUAAACCAUGCUACGAAGAAGCUACACAUUUGACAAACGAAAAUUCUGUUUGUUUUGGACCACAGUUAGCUAUUGAAAUGGCUAACAGCCCAGCUAUUUUACGUUUGUAAGACAUUGUCUCUGUCAUAUAUUGUUGUAAUUCCUUCCACUGUGGCAUAUAUCCAAUACCUGUGGGUGCCUAAAGUUUGUUUAGAUAGCUAAGCUAUUUGUCAUAUGCUAAUGUGAACUUUUUCCUGGUAAUAAUGUACCCAUGGAGACCCCCAUGGGAUGUCUGCUCUGACGAUUGCUACACUUCAAUUUACAGUUCAUUUGUAGAGUGAGAACACGCAUAUCAUUUCCAGCCAAGAGUCUGCGCUUUGAAUGUAUUUCUGACUGCAUGAAAAAAAGACCCGCAGCCCUCUAGGAUAACAGUCUGCUUCCCUUGGGUUAACGCACCUAAAAUUAGCAUGCGCUAUGGGGUUUUAGAGGACCACAGCCUCAGCACAGAAUGAGGGUUAGUGAAGACAAAUGCCUCAGGGGUGAACUGACUGCAGACUGAUUUGAAGGGGGGAGGGGUGUUUUACCGGAGAUCUGAGCUCAUGUGCUGAGGUAGUCUCGCUAUUUAGAGAGGAAAGCUGUAUCUUUAUAUUGUAAUGAAUGCUGUCAGGUUGUUGUAAAUGCCCAUGUGUGCUUUUACAACCCUUACAACCCAAGUCAUGGGAAGCUCUGCACAGUGAGGAUUUGGGAUUUGGAUCAAAAAACGUUCAGGACGAUCGUACAUUUUUGUGUCCGUGAUUAGGAUUAAUCUUUUUCUGCCUUUGAUUACAAUUACUUGAUAGCCUUACAUUGACUUAAUGUUUCCAUCACUGGUAAGAACAAAAAAGUUUUUUUUUUUUCUAAAAUCAAAAGCAGACGGCCUUAACCCACCUCUGUCACAUGGCGCGCAAUGAAAACACAUUCAUGUUGAAUGUCUGUAAAUAUUUAUGCCACUUGUACAGGAGGAACUGCAUGCUAUUGUUCUGACCCGCAUACAUGUAGGGCUCUAUUGAAGCAUAAUGACCGCAGCAGAGACGGCCGAGGACUCCAUGUGGGAGCUGCUCAUUCAGGACUGCACACUGAAAUGGAGAAGCAGAACAUGAGGCGUUCUGUUUAUGAACCGGGCAUGGGUCCAAGCAGUCGAUUUAAAUUCCACCUCAGUGGCUAAAUUGCUUUAAAUGACAAUGGACACUCCACCCUCCAUCUCUGGACAAUAUGCAUAGAUUUAGGUGGUGCAAAAUAUCAUAUAUAUAUUUUUUUGUAUAGUGACUGAUGUUUCUGUUUUGUAGGUAAACUGUUCAUGGCAUUAUUUAAAUUUCCGUUGGAGACGUAGAUAUGUAAUUAAACUCUUUUU